AUUUCUCUCCCCGCAACCAAUAUAGGCCUCCAUGUAUAGGUAUUCCUUUCAAUAAAUAGAAUACACUUCUUUGAAAGCAGUUGCUAAGACUGGAAAGCUAUGGAAAAGAGCAGUCUUUUAAUGUUUGAAUGGUAUGCGUGGUAUUUAAAUACGUAAUCAGACCGGUAUGACAUCAAGCACAACACAUCAGAGAAUUGGAAAGGGUGCGCAAACCGCUAAACUUUAACUUCACUUGGUUUUACAAAGUACAGGGACAGUCUGUUCUCAAUAGCGUUCAAGCGUUCACCGUUCGUUUUAAUACAAACCCGAUCGGAUCCACAGAUCGAUAAAGCUAUACAACAACGUUAUAAUUUCACCUAUACUGAAAAAGUGCUUUGAGAAUCAAUUGAAGAGAGAAGAGAAAAAAAAAAGAAAGAUGUCCAAUCUUCAAUUUGAGACGACAGUGAAUGAGCUGAUUAAGCUGGAUGCUCCGGUUACUAUGGGAACAGGAAGCGAUCUUCCGAGGUGGCAGAGAAAGGCUAUGGAAAAUAGAGAGAGGGGACUUGUCCUAUCACCUUCCAAUAACAGGAAAACCCCUUCCCGAGGGGCUACGAAGACUCCAUCACGUCGGCGGAACUCCAAACAAACUCCAAGUAAAACACCCACUGCUAAGAAGACAGGAAAGACUCCAGGCAGGGAGCCUCUUAAACAACAUCAAGGAGGAGAUAGAUUUAUCCCCAACCGGGCCCUGAUGGACUACGACCUUAGUCAUUUCAAACUGACCCAAGGUGACCAGCCCACAUUCGACGAGGAGAUGCAGGAAGCGGAUGAGGUAUCGACCUACAACACAUCAGCCAUCAAAGACCACCUGGGUGAACAUAAGGACGCCAAGAUCCUGACCUUCAAGCAGAGAGCACCCAAAGCGCAAGAAGGCUACUCCAACAACUUGAAGGUGCUUUACAGUUCGACUCAGGACCGGCCGAAGAAACCGACCAGUCGGUUUAUACCACAGACAGCAGAACGGAUCCUGGAUGCACCGGAACUCCACGAUGACUUCUACCUAAACCUGAUGAGUUGGAGUUCAAAGAACAUUCUAAGCAUCGCUCUUGGCAACGCGGUUUACCUAUGGAACGCCAACUCGGGGGAGAUUGACCAUCUCUUUCAAUUAGAGAGUCCAGGGGAUUACAUUUCAUCGGUGCAAUGGCUUCAAGACACGGAUUGUCUCGCAGUUGGGAACUCGAUGGGCCAAGUGCUGCUCUGGGACGUUUCGAAACAAAAGUGUCUUCGAUGCAUGGGAGGUCAUCCCGCGCGAGUUGGAUCGCUGGCUUGGAAUUCCUACAUUCUGUCGAGCGGUGGACGAGCAGGAAAUAUUCACCACCACGAUGUCCGAAUCGCCGACCACCUGGUAGCUUCGAUCGAAGGACAUACACAAGAAGUCUGUGGCAUGGCUUGGAGCCCCGAUUUUAAAUAUAUUGCCACCGGUGGAAACGACAACGUUCUCAAUAUAUGGGACUCUACGAGAGCAAUGGCAGGAUCUGAACCGCUCUAUUCACUCGCGCAACACCAAGCUGCUGUUAAGGCUAUCAGCUGGUGUCCAUGGCAACCGAAUGUGCUUGGUAGCGGUGGCGGGACGGCCGACAGGACGAUACGAUUUUGGAAUGCUCAGAGCGGAUUGUGUAUGAAAACCACAGAUGCGAAGUCACAGUUUGAUUGA